GGUAUCAGAGCACUAACGAUCUCUAGAAACCUAAAAUCACUUCCGCUUUUCAUUCUCUCUUCUGGUUGAAUUUUUUUUCGAUCAUGGCUACUACUGGUUCUGCUUCUACGGACUCUCUAGUCUCUUCUACUACAGCUACUACCGCUACUACCGCUACUUCUACUCCUACGACUAACUCAGAUUCUCCAUACUAUCUGCACCCUUCUGACAACCCAGGCUCCUUGAUUACGCCUGUUCUCCUUAAAGGAGAUAACUACUCUGAAUGGGCUACUGAAUUCUACAACUCCUUACAAGCAAAACGGAAGAUCGGAUUCAUUGAUGGGGUGAUACAGAAACCCGAUACCGAUCCCGAUCUCUCUCGAUGGAUUGCUGCCAACUCAAUGAUAGUUGGUUGGAUGAGAACCUCCAUCGAUCCGCUUGUGCGCUCUACUGUGAGUCAUAUCCCGGAUGCAUAUCAACUUUGGGAGUCUCUUAAACGUCGUUUUUCUAUCAGAAAUGGUGUUCGCAAACAUCUUAUUCAAGAUGAGAUUACAAAUUGUAAGCAGAACGGUGAUACUGUCCUAACCUACUAUGGACGUUUGUCCAAAUUAUGGGAAGAACUUCAAAGUUUCCAACCUAUUCUCUCGUGUACCUGUGCUGCUUCUUCCAUCAUCGAGAAAGAGAAAGAAGACGCUAAAGUACACAAAUUCCUAUUUGGACUUGACGACUCGCGAUUCUCUACAAUUCGGUCUCAGAUCAUCGAUGAAGAACCACUACCAGAUCUCAAUCUCGCGUAUUCUCGGGUGAUAAGAGCUGAACAACAUCUUCAAACUAUGCGAGCUACUGAGUCAAAACAGGACAUUGUUGGCUUCUCUGCCAAAACAAAGUCCCCUGUUUCUACCAAUCACUCUCCGACAGCCGCUGCUAUCAACUCGUUUAGGAGCAGAGAUCCAAAUCGGUUUUGCACUCAUUGCAACCGAAAAGGUCAUGAAGCUUCUGAAUGUUUUCUCCUCCAUGGAUACCCCGACUGGUUCAACGAACAGCAGCAACGGAUGGGUCAAUCUUCUACUCGCGGUGGUCGCGGUCGCGGACGAGGCCGUGCUAAUACUUCUCGCACUACACCAGCUACUCCUACCGGUACUUCACUACAGUCCGAUCAGAUCACAGCUCUCAUUAACCUUCUACAAAAUCAACAAACGCAGCUCUCUACAGACAAAAUGACCGGACCGUUUUACGAGGACGCUGAUUGGAGCGGGUGAAGAGCGAGAGGGUGUGUAUUAUUUCACGGGUGUGACAGCGGCUAAAGCUAACAGGACUGGAAAGCUCAAGACUCCUGCUUCUUCAGUGUUGUGGCAUCGUCGUCUUGGACACCCGUCUCCUAAAGUGUUAUCUUCCUUAGAUGGUUUUCGUUUUGAUUUUCAACACACACAUUCGUGUGAUG